UGUCACUCUUUACUUUAGCUGCUGAGUAGUUUUUUUAAAGAUUGAUUUUAGUGUUUUAUUGCUUAUUUGUUCAAAGUCAAAACAAGCAGAUUUGAUUGUUUUGAUUGAAACUGAUGUUGAAACUGUGCUUCUGCUUCCCCCAAAAAGAGAACAGCGCUCAGUGAACACAUCGUUUUGGGUCAUUUCCCUUCUGGAUCCCCCCCCCCCCCGACGGUCCUUCAGUAGCGAUGUCUCCUCCGAGCACCGAGCUGGUCCUGGUCCUGGUCUUCACCGCCGGCUGGUGCUUCAUGUGUGCGGCCGACGUCGGGGACUUCUCUCCGUGCCUGCAGGUCUUCUACAGGUCUUGGCCCCCUAAAGGUCUGGCGGGGACCCCCAUCUGCCAACGGUUUUACAACCGGUACCGCUUCGCCACGCUGUACAGUCGGCCGCGUCGCUCCCCGUGGUUCUCGGCGUAUUUGUACUCCACCCCGGCGGGAAAGAGGCCCUCGGCGUCCUGGAAGUUUGAGCCUCAGUUAGCCUACCCGGGAGCCAGAGGAGACAUGAUCCCCUUCCCUCCGGGCCCCGUGGACCAGAACGUGGUGGACAGCCAGGCGGUGGAGCUGGACUACAUCAACUCCACCUAUUCCCGCGGCCACCUGAACCCCAGCCUCCACCACCGGAGCCGCGAGGACCGCACCGCCACCUUCACCCUCGCCAACGUGGUCCCUCAGAAGGCGGGCUCCAACGCCGGGCCCUGGAGGGCCCUGGAGCAGCGCGUCAACAGAACCUUGGCGGCCUACUGCCUCGGGGAGGCCCACGUGGUGACCGGCGCCAUCCCUUACCGGGGCGACGGCCGCUGGCUGGGGAACCGGCGCGUGGCCGUGCCGGAGUACCUCUGGUCCGCCUACUGCUGCCCGGACUACAGCCGCAGCCUGCCGGAAGAACUCCGGGGCGCUUUCCCGACCUACGCCGCCAUCGGACGCAACAACCGCGACAGCGGCGAGGAGAUCGUCCCCGUGAGCCCGGCGGUGAAGGAGCAGUUCAGGGGGUUCGACGUGCGGGCGAUGCCACUGGGAACGCUGGAGGGGCACCUGGGGGACCGGCUGGGGGGCAGGGUCAGGGUCUUCUAUGAGCAGUGCUCUGGGUCGGACUGAUGCUGCACACACACCCAGAGAAUACACACACACACUGAGGAUACACACACACACUGAGGAUACACACACACACUGAGGAUACACACACACACUGAGAAUACAC